GGCGCCAUGGACCUGGUCAUCACGCAGGAGCUGGCCCGCGCCCAGAGCCAGCAGGAUGACGCGUCCCUGAAGAGGGCUUAUGCGCUGAUUAAGUCGGCAAACCUGGGCAAAUCAGAGUUUGACCCCAUGGAGAGCUUCAGCCCAGACCUGUUUGUUUUGUGUGCAGAACAGGCGCUGAAGAUGGGGCACCCGGAGAUGAGUGACGACUGCAUCCAGAUGUACUUCAAGGUGAAGGGGCCAGUCACCCAGUUCCUGGGCCGAGCGCACCUGUGCAAGGCCCAGCUCUGUGCCCCCAAGUCCACCGAAAACCUGGAGGAAUUUGAAAAUUGUGUGACUCAGUAUAUGAAGGCAAUAAACUUUGCAAAAGGAGAACCCAGGUAUUACUUCCUGGUGUAUAACGCAUCGGUCCUCUACUGGCAAAUGGUGAGGCCAUUUCUCAAGCCAGGAUAUCAUCACCAUCUGAUCUCCAGCCUCUCCCAGAUUGUCAAUGUGUUAAGUCAGACUGAAGAAGAGGACAAGGAGUGGCGGGCAGAGCUGAUGCUGGAGCUUCUGGACUGUUAUCUACAAGCUGGAAAAAGGGAAGAGGCUGCAAAAUUUUGUGUCACUGCAGCACCAUUUAUAAAAGCUAGCGUGCCACAGAAAUAUCGACACAUAUUUUCUGUUAUGGUGAGACAUGAAUUAGUGGAUGAGCUUCAGUUAGAGGAAGAAAAGAAAACCUCCGCUAGCCUGGCUGUCACUUACCACAUUAAUAUGCUAAAAGCAAAAUUGGAUAAAAAUGAGUUACCUGAAGAUGUGAACUCAAUUCUGAAGAAGGCCUAUAAACAUUUAAGUUAUUAUAAUAACCAGCACUUCCCUUCAAUCAGAGAGGAAAAAAUUCUUUUGCUUUUUGAAUUGGCUCGUCUCUCUUUGACCUUGAAAUGUGAGGAGAUCUCCUCUGGCUGCCUCUCAGACUUGAAGAAUAUUGACAGCACAGAUCCUGGGAAGCUGAUUGAAAUCGAAUGCCUGGAGUACGAAUUAGAAGCUUUAAGACUCGAAAGUAAAAUUAAAAUCUAUGUCCGAGCAGCCGUUGAGACCCAGCUGAACAUAGUGCAGAGACUUGACGUGGCACUCCAGCGGGCCGUGCGGCUGGGUGAGCCCGGGCUCAUCCACGUGGUGUGUACCACCCAGUGGAACAUGUGUCUCCCUCUGCUGCAGCACAACCUGCGGCACCACCUGCGGAAGCCGCUGACCAACAUCGCGGACAUCCUGGAGAAGGUGGACAGCCUCAUGGUCCUGCUCCGCUGCCAAGUGCACAUGGAGAUAGCACACAUCGAGGAGGAUGAGCACCGGCUGGAGCCGGCCAUGCAACACCUGCAGAAGGCCAUGCUCCUGGACAGCCUCGGCCUCUACCAGGACAAGCUCACCAUGGCCUUGAACCGGCUGCGCCUGUGUACCAUGCUGUACCGGUCCCCUGAGCGUGCUGAGGACAAGGCCAUCAUGGCCAUUGAGCAGGCAAAAAAAGCCAUCCCAAAAGAUAGCGUCAGGAAGAAGCGGGCUCUCCUGGUGAAUGCCGGCCUGGCGCUAGCCCCCGACACCUUCCAAAUUGUGCUCGACAGUGAGAACGAGGCCAAAGUUUCCAUGGGGACAUCCAGGGGCCGGUUCACCUACCUGUUUGCGAAGGCGCGGCACCACAUCAUCAGCGUGGACAAAGCUGCUGGGCAUCUGCGGCGUCUGGGGAAUGAGAAUGACAAGGAGAGAAUCCAGAUCUGGGCGGAGCUCGCCAAAGUCGCCCGGAGCCAAGGCGUGUGGGAUGUGUGCCGGGCGGCGAGCCGCUUCUGUCUCCUGUAUGACAAUGUGAAGGUGAAGAAGCUGGUGCGGCCGAAGAAAGGAAAGAAGAAGGGUGGAGACAGCCAGGCCCAGGACGCCUGGGGCCAGUCGGAGGUCACCCUGCAGAGGCAGGUGUCCCCCAGCCUGCUCCGGAAGUUCGCGGAGGUGGGGUUCAUCAGUGCAGAGGCCACUAUCCAGUUGCUGCGCUCAGAAGGUGUGGACCUAAAUAACCAUCCGCACCCCCCGGAGGACCUGAGCCAGCACUCAGCCGGCUACACAGUCGAGUCCCCGGAGGACAACGCACAGUGGAUCACGUACCAGGCCUGGGUCGAGAGUCUGUCGCAGAGCGCCACGCACAGCUGGUUGCGGUCUGCUGAGAUCGGACAGGAGAUCCAGGAGGGCUGGAUCGUGCAGAACGCCGUGGUCUACGUCCUGAACCACAACCACCACCUCAUCGUGGCCGGGAGGCAGAAGGAGCUUGUGGACACCCUGGACCACCUCCUGAGCAUCGUCAAGGCCACGGGCCACAACGGAGACCCCACCAUGUUGGUGAUGCUCUGCAAUGCGUUGGCUCGAGGCUUGAUUCUUAACUGGAUUCCAGCCCAAGUGCCAGAAAAAUCUAAAAGACCCGUGCGCUCGAACCUGUUUCACAUACCACUGGACUCGGUAGCCAGCUCUGAAGUCAGGACUGCAGUGGAGGUCUGCGAGUUUGCCCUGAGCCUGACGGACGGGACUGUGCCCGAGGAGGUGGUGCCCACCAGCGCCCGGCAGCAGCUCAUUGCCACCUGGGUGAAGGCCAAGCAGCUGCUGCAGCAGCAGAUUGGGCCACGGCUGGGCAUGGACGAGCAGAGUCCUGACGAGGACAUCAACUCGGUGACGCGAGUCCUCGUUGCUCUGGAGAUGUACUCCGGCAAUGGGCUGGGCCUCAUGGACUUCACCGUGCCCCCCUUGGCCCAGCUGGUGCAGAUGGCUGCCGAGUGCCGCUGGUCGGACCCCCUGGUGGAGCUGCAGACCCUCAUGCGGCUGACCCACUUUGCGCACGCGGCGCACAACUACGAGCUCACCGUGCUUUGCUCGCGGAAGGCCGUCCAGAUGGGCAUUCGGUACCUGAGGGUGUGUAGCCCGGUCGAGACUGAACUGGUAGCGGAGAUGCUGAGCACCACAGCCUGCAUCCAGGGCAGGAGCAUCAUGGAGAACCUGAAGGGGAGAAAGCAGCUGCGCCUGGUGGCGGCCAAGGCCUUCAUAGAGAGCGCCAAGUUUGGGGGCAUUGCGAGGAGCAGCGCCCUGGUGAUGCUGGCCGUGAGGCACUACUGGAACACCUGGCUUCCGUUCCUGUCCUCUGCAGCCAACAGGAAGAAAAACAAGAACGUCAUACAGAGGAUCAUCAGCAUCAUCAAUAAGACAGAGGCGAAAAAGCAGGGAAAAGGGAAAGUGCUGCUUCUGCACCAGUGGCCUACGGCAGACUUCCACAGUGGAGGGAUGACAGAAGGUCAUUUUCUCCCAGGUGCUGAGGACGACCUGACGCUCCGUGCCGCGCUCUACGGCCUGCUCUUCCACUGCCACGCUGACCAUGGUGACUGGGAGGGUGGCCUCAAGGUGCUGGACGAGGCUGUGCAGGUGCUGCCACGGACGGCACACCGCCUCUUGAUUUUUAAACAUAUGGUCAUUGUGAAGGCCAAACUUGGCCAGAAUUUUACAAUGGAAAUACAGAAAUUCAAAGACGAAAGCGAAGAUUAUUUGGCACACAUGUGGCACCGUCUGGCCUUGAACUCGAAGAGUGUCUACGGAGAGCUGGUCUGCUACCACAACGCCAUCCAAGCCUUGCAGAAGCCAGAGAGCGAGUGGCAAAAAGUUGAGUACAUCAUGGAAUUCAGCGAGUGGCUGUAUUACAAACAGUUUCCUAUGGAAGACGUGACAUUCCACCUGAAGUGGGCGAUUGACAUCCUGCUGCUGAUGACACCUUCCAGUGACACACCUGAGCUAGCAGGUGAGGGUGGGGAGCACCUGUCCACUCAGGGAGCCCCAGAAAGUGUAGUGUCCGAGGACGCGGGGUCAGUCCCCUUGGAGAAGCUUCGGAACGUGAGACAGCUGGAGGCGCUGGCUCGCGCCUACACCCUGCUGGCCCUGAUGGUGUCCCCGAGCGCGGCCGGCUACGAGGACUACUGCCUCAUGGCCUACACGUACCUCAAGCGCAUCUGGCAGGUAUCUUUAUUAACAGCAGGAAAAGCAAUUUCAGAAAGUAAAAUUCUAGCAGCAACAGCUAGUUCACAUUUGUUGUUGCCUAAAAAAGAGAAGGAGAAAGGGAAGGACACGGGGAAGGACACGGGGAAGGACAGAGAAAAGGGCAAAGGCCUCAAGCAGAAAUCCUGUGUACCUGCUUUACAGCCUCAAACCACAGUUCCUGGCAAACAGCUUGAAGACUUACCCACAAGCAUAGAAGAAUGGGCUUCCUACUCCUGCCCUGAAGAAGUGAUGUCGGUGUUUAAACAAGAUAAAAGUGACUUUACCAUUAACCCAUCAAGCAUCCAGAAGCCGACAUACACUUUAUAUUAUCUGGACCAUUUGGUCAGAGCCCUGCAGAAGAUGUCCCUUUACGAGCUCACCAUCCCAGUCCUGCAGUUGGGUGUAGUAAUCGCGGCGUCUGUGGUAGAAAGCAAGAGCCUCAGAGAUCUCUACCACCUGCGACUUGCCCUUGCUUGUUCGGAUUUGAAAUUGCGAGAAACAGCUGCCUACCAUGAAGAGGUGGCCGGGCAGACAUACAUCUAUGAGCUGGAGCAGGCAAGCUGCAGAAAAGAAAUUGCCUUGAGAAAGGAGAAGAAUAAGGAACCACUCUUGGAAGACAGUGUGCCAACUCUGGCUGAACCCAUAACUGCAGUGGACCCAGCAGAAAUGAAGCCCCUCAUGGCCAAGGACAAGCUCCUGAAGAUAAACGGAGAGACCGGGAGGGGCUUGGAAGGGACAUCCUUCCCCCAGCUGUGGACCCUCAAAGCAGAAGUGCUGCUGGAGAUGGACCUGUACCAGCCUGCGAGGCUGCUGCUGUCGGAGGCCUACCUGGCCUUCCAGGAGCUCGACGACCCUUGUGCGGAAGCAAGAUGCCUGCACCUUCUAGCACAACUGGCAAACAAGGAGAAGAAUUAUGGACGAGCGAAGAAGAUGGUGGAGCAGGCGCAGCGCCGGGGGGGCGGCGAGGAGUUCUGGUACAGCUCAACCCUGACUCUGGCAGACACGCUCCUGGCCCUAGGAAGCGACGGCAGCGAAGUGGUGGCCCUCCAGUUGUUUCAAAGACUCAUAGAUACCUUCAGGGUCCUGCAGAAGGAAAGACCUAACCGAGUGCCCAUCUUGGAAUUUAUGGCCACAGACCUAGAAGCCAGAUGUGUGAGCCUCCGCGUCCGGGCCCUUCAGGGACUACUUGACUGUGAACGCUUGUUUCUGUUGACCGAACUGGAUGAUCACUUGAUGGAGAUUGAGAAAAAGUUGACCACCUGGGGCUACAGAGAGAAUUGUGUGGACAUAAAACUAGAGCGCGCAAAGAUAAAGAGAUUAUGUGCCCAAAAUGAGAAAAAUGAAGAGCAAAAAACCGCGUAUCACUUGGAGGCAUACGACUUGGUCCAAAGAGCUGUGGCUGAGGCGGAGGAGUUGUUCCUCAGUGUGCAGGGCUUACUGUCCUUGCAGGAGUUGCAGAACAUCAACACGCCUCUGAUGAGGAAGCUGGCGCACCUGCGGCUCAGCCUUGCAGAAGCAUCUCUGGACAUGCUGCAGCUCAUGUGGGCGGAGGCCCAGGCCCAGCAGCUUGAGCAGAGCUCCAUGGACAAGCUGCUGGGUGACUACCUGCAGAGAUUGAGUGACUACACCUCCAUUGGCCUGAGGUGGUUCAUGCUGAGGCGGACCCUGGCCCACGUUGUCUUGGUGCAGCUGGGGAGCCUGCAUUCACUGUGUGCUGGCUGCGUGGAGGUCCGUGCUCAGGUCCUGGGCCUGGCAGGGAAGGCCCUCCGCCUGCUGGCCGUACACGCAGACCCCGAGCGCCCCACCUGCUACUGGGAGGAGGGCCUCUCGGCCAUCACUGAGCUGAACAGCCUUGGGCAACUGGAGACCGUCCCAGAGGACAGGGCCGGCAACGAUCACUACGAGGACCUGCGGGCCUUGAGGGCCACCCCCAAGAAGCACAGCAGGAAGUGCUCGGAUCAGCAGAGGAGGAUGGUGCUGGCCCAGCGGUACCUAGCCCAGGCCUCCGAGGUGCUACUGCAGUGCAUGCAGGUCGCCCUGGGAAGCUGCCUCCUGGACGUUGCCGCCGCUGCCAGCCUGGACAUGGUGGAGUGCACCGGCGCCCUGGACCCGGCAGCCACCUGCCAGUUCCUGGCACUGUCUCAGAGCUGCCUGGCUUCAGAGAUGAUGCGGGAUGUCCUGUUCACGGCCACGGCCAACACCAGCAGCUCACAGCUUGCGGCCCUGCUGCAGCUCGAGCAUCAGCUGAAGCAGAAGGGGAGGGUGUCCACCAGCUUGUUUGCAAGCGUGGAGCAGACGUUAGCUGUCAUUUCCAAGGCUUGGCAAAAUCUAAGGGUCACUGAGCAGCAUUUUAACCUCCUGAAUGAAAUCCCACCUACCUUUCGGAUCGCCAUCCUGCAGCACUCGCCGGACAGGGCCCAUCUGUACUGCACAGCCUAUGAGAGACCCAAGUCCAUCCCCGCGGCCAAAGGGAAGGUGCUCCAAGUGGGAGGCUCCUGCAAGGUGACACGGGUGGCCGUGAACCCAGACAGCUUCUCCCGCCUGUUGGCCAGUGCCCAGCAGUUCCGGGAGCUGACCCAGGCUGUGGCGAACAACGAGGACCCGGCCCUGAGCUCAGGCACGGAAUUGGAAAGUGUGCACCUUGAGAGGGAAAGACACUCUCUGCAGAGAUUCAGUGAUGUCCUGGCAUCCAUGGAGGAGUACCUGAGGCCACUGUUCCCAGUGCUCAGCAGCCCUGCGGCCAGAACACAGAGUCCCACGCCUGCUGCGGAUUCCAGGAAAUCAAAGGGCAAAGAUAAGGAAAGGAAAGUGUCCCUGCCCCAUGUUCAGCUCGAGGCUGCAGACAACACCAUCCUCAUUGUGGACAAGGAUCUUCUGGAGUUGCCGCUGGAAGGCCUCUCUGUGUUUAAGGAGGGCACGGCCUCCUCCGUGUCCCGAGAAUUCUCCCUGCAGAUGCUGUGCAAUCGCCUCCAUGAAGAGGAGACAGCUGAGGGGACCGUGAAGGAGAGCAGAGGCAGGAAGCGGGGUCCAGCGAAGAAGGGACGGAAGGACGCUCCGCCCCGGCUCAUCCCCCCCGACUGCGUCGUAGUGGACGCCGACAACUUCAAGUUCAUCGUGGACCCUUACGGGGAGGCCCGGGGCAUAGAAAGGCUAACUCCUGUCUUCGUCACCCGGGAAAUUUUGGAAAGAUUCCGAGACACGUUCACUGCUCUCUGGGUGGGACAUCUGGGAAAUAAGCAAUUCCCCAGCCAGGCCGAGUGGGAGCAGCUCCUGGGCAGCUGCAGCGGCUUCUUCUUCUACGGGAUGGAGAGCUUCCUGUCCCACAUACUGGUGGAAAGGUUGGCUGCCAUGAACCUACGAGAGUGCCAGAUGAUGGUCCUGCUGGGCCUGACGCGGUCCCACGAGAGCAUGCGGCGGCACAUGGAGAACUCAGAGAACAAGAGGUCUGUUGACAGUUGGCAGGCCGAUCGGGAGAGCAGUCCGUCUCCUUCAGAGCAUGGGGUCUGGGACAAACUGCUGUCCCUCCCGCCACAGCUCAGCGACCAGGAGCAGCUGUGCGUCGUCCUCAACCUGGUCCUGUACGGGCUGCCACACUUGGCCAUCGGAGCGGCCCGCACCCUUUGGGAGGACAGUGUGCCCCUGUCGUCCCGCCCAGGCGCGCCCCUCCUGUCCCCGGUCGCCCCCGCCCACCGUCGGCACCAUGCGCGCGCGCCCAAGCCAGGGGCGACCACCGAAGGCCCGCCCAGCCCCGCCGGCCAGUGGCUCUCGGAGCCGCGAUACGGUGCAGGGACCCUCGGAGCCAAGACCCCGCCGCUAACUGCCCAAAACGAAAACGGACCCCCGAAGGACACGGUGCAAGCGGACGCCGGGUCCCUGUACAGAGCCAGGAGGCUCGCCUCCAUUCACACCGUCCAAACCCUGGCGGCCGGGGCCCUGCAUGUGGCCCCCGCGCGCCCUGGGUUCUGGAGCUCUGAGCCGGCUUGGUCCCCGUUCUCCCGGCUCGGGCUGCGCUUCACGAGACAGCGGCCCGUGGGCUUGGUCGUGGGGUCCGGGUCGAAGCCCGAGGCUCAGGCUGCCUCCCGGGAACCAAGCUGCGACUUCGCGACCAGGAAACGCCGGACCGAGAGGUCCGGACGGUCCCCGCGCCCCGACCCGGCAGAGGGCAGUGCCGCGGGCUGGGAGGGGACCGGGAACUGCCCGCCUGGCAGCGCCCGCGAGUCGCCGGCCUCGCGCGUGUCCCCGGGACGGGUCUCGCCACCGCGCCAGCAGUGUGUUGGUGAAAGCAGGGUAGAUUCGCGUUGGCCCUUCGGCGCGUGGACUACCGUGGACUACCGUGUUCUACGAGGUCCAGCGUCCCCCGCCCGUCCGCGACAGAGAACGUUACCCCCAAAUGUUCGCGGUACUCCUCGACACCUGAGCCCGGGGCGGCCGGAAGCCGCGCGGACGGCGUUGGAGGCCCUGGUCGGGCUCCACGACCGUGCCGGCUGGCUCCCCGCCGCCGCGCACCUGGGGCUCUUCACCGAACGGGGCGCACAGAGCGUGCUGAGCGGAUCCUCAAAUCUGCAUUCUUUCGGGCGAUAA